AUGAAAUUCUCCAUCCCCCUACUCCUCGCCGCCUUCACCACACAAGCACUCGCCGACAGACACCACUUCUGCUGGUGCGGAAGCGACCAAGUCCCCAAAAACGACCCCUGCCUAACACAAGCCGCCUGCGCCAAAUACCCCCAAGACAAAUUCUUCGGUGUCAAGGGCAAAGAUCCGUCCGCACCGACGAUGUCGAAAUGGAGCGAGGAGAAGGCGAAAUGCUAUAGCACGCGCGCGUGGCCCGUGAUCCCGCAUCUCUUUCUCGGCGGCAACGAAUUUGAAGAUGCGUGCUUUGCUGCGGCGGCGGAUCAGGCUGUCAUUGGUGUCUGUGGUGUUUCGCCGGGAGUUAGGACGGGGGUUAAGUCGUAUUGCUCUGAGCCUUUUGACUGA